GAUAAACUUAUUAAAUAGAGGGUGUGUAAUGGACGCGGAGGAGAAGCUGGCCGGUAUAAAGAGUAACCUGCAGGAGGUUGUUGGGGAGGAGAAGGUUAAAGAGAUCCUCCAGUCGGGAAGAGACCUCAACAUCUACUGGGGCACAGCUACAACUGGCAAACCGCACAUUGCUUACUUUGUACCCAUGGCCAAAAUAGCCGACUUCCUACGCGUGGGCUGUCACGUGACAAUACUGUUCGCAGACUUGCACGCAUAUCUGGACAACAUGAAAGCGCCUUGGGAACUACUAGCUCUUCGCACUCAAUACUACGAGGCCAUAAUCAAGGCCAUGCUGGAAUCCAUAGGAGUGUCUCUGGAAAAGCUGAAAUUUGUGAGGGGCACAGACUUCCAGUUGAGCAGAGAGUACACUCUGGACGUGUACAAAUUGUCCAGUCUGGUCACAGAACACGAUGCUAAAAAGGCGGGCGCCGAAGUUGUUAAACAAGUGGACCACCCACUCCUAUCAGGUCUUCUCUAUCCGGGACUACAAGCUCUGGACGAGGAAUAUCUAAAAUGUGAUGCUCAGUUCGGAGGUGUCGACCAAAGGAAAAUAUUCAUGUUUGCUGAGAAGUACCUCCCCCACCUCGGCUACGCUAAGAGAGCCCACUUGAUGAACCCAAUGGUACCUGGACUAACAGGCGGCAAAAUGAGCUCGUCAGACCCGAAUUCGAAACUAGAUAUUUUGGAUUCGGCGUCGGCAGUGAAGAAGAAAAUAGCCAAGUCGUUUUGCGAAGAGGGAGAGACAGAGAACAACGGAGUGUUACAGUUUGCAAAACAUGUCAUCUAUCCACUAAUAGGGAAAUCAGGUAGCCCAUUCGAAGCUGAGACAGGUUUCACAAUAAAGCGACCGGAGCAGUUCGGCGGUGAUAAAGUGUACCCUACUUUCGAGCAACUCAGCUCCGACUUCGCCCAGAAGCUACUCCACCCGGGAGAUCUGAAGACCAACGUGGAGAGGUACCUGAAUGUGUUACUGGACCCAAUCAGAAAGCAGUUCGAGGAGUCGGUAGAGUUGAAGAAACUGGUUGCUAAGGCUUACCCUGAAGAGGAGAAAGACAAGAAGAAAGGAGGAGGAAAUACGAAGGCAGCUGCUGGAGACAGCAAAACACCAAACAGUGGCCCCUCGCCUUCCCAAUUAGACUUGAGAGUGGGUAAGAUAGUGGACGUCAAACAGCACCCGGAUGCAGACUCGCUCUUCGUGGAGACUGUGGACUUCGGACCAAGUGGAGCUGAAGGUGAAGAGGGAGAGAGGAGGACUAUUGUGAGUGGACUUGUAGGAAGAGUCCCAAUCGAACAGCUACAAGGUCUUCUGGCCGUGUUUGUAUGCAAUCUGAAACCAGUGAAAAUGCGAGGCAUCGAAUCCCAGGGAAUGCUGCUGUGUGCAGUGAAUGAGAACGGAACAGAGCCAGUGCCAGCACCUCCCAAUGCACUUCCAGGGGACCCAGUAUUGAUAUCGGGACAUGAGCGAAAUCCAGAUGAAGUGCUCAAUCCAAAGAAGAAAAUAUGGGAGGCACUGCAAGUUGAUUUAAGCAGCAACGAGACGGGUGAGGUGUUGUGGAAAGAUUAUAACCUAAUAUGCACAAGCGAAGAGACAAAAGUGAAAGUUGAAAAAGUGUUCAAUGCUUCGAUCAGGUGAACUGAAAUUAUUGAAUUGCCUUUGGUCAACAAUCUGAUCUUAAUAUGACUUGAUGUAUGAAAAAUUUUGAUAUUUAAAUGCUGAACGUUUGUACAUAAACAUGCUUUUUGAUCUUCGUUGAAUAAGAAUUG